UAAUUAGCUAAAAUCCAGUUAGCCAGUUUGGAGUAGUGCCUUUGCAAUACGCUCUAUCAGAGUAGUGUGUUGGUGCCAUCCUUUCUUCUGAAUGUAUGCAAAUAUAAAAAGGUUAUUCAUUUAAACAACUGUAUUUAACCUAAUGUGUGCUUAUGCCUGUUGUUGGGAAAAGUCUUAGGAAGCUUAGUGUUGAUUAUGUACAAGGGAACGGCUGCUCAGGUGUUGGUGCCAGGUAAACUGUAUCACUGCCUGCCCAGGAACUUUGUUACGUUGAGCUUAACCACGUGUGUCCCCCUCUUUGUCCUUUAAAGGUAGUUUAAACUAGCGUUAAACCUCCCAGAAUCAAAUAAAGCUAAUUACAGAAUCUGAUGAAGCAGCUGCCAUUCAUUUAUGUCCAAGAGAUACCAACUGGUUGAGGUUGGACUGGGACGUACUUCUGUGUAAUAUCACGCCAGGCGCUACCACAAGGUAGUGCAGUGAGUCAGUGGAACCAUUAUUUAAACAGGCAAGUCAUUAGGAGCUCGACCUUAUGUACAGCAUGCCUCCAAAAGGCAAAGCCUUGUAGAAAAGAGGGCAGCUAGAAAGAAAUACAAUUUACAGAAGUGAAACAGCAGCACUUAUCCAAAAUCAAAACAUCCUCUCGGAAGUGCUGCCCUCUGGUGGUGACAGUUUUUGUAAUGACCCUUGGCAGAUUUUCACUCAGUGUCAGAUGUGGGCAUUUCUAUUGCUGAAGUGUUCCUGAAGCUGAGCUUUGGGAAGACAAGGUGCCAAGCAGCAAGGGUUGGCUGGUUCUCCUCAUCAUGUCCAAGACCAAGAGCUCAGAGUCAGUCAAGGUGGUGGUCCGCUGCCGUCCUAUGAAUGAGAAAGAGCAGGCCGCCAAAUAUGAGAGGGUGAUCUCUGUUGAUGUCAAAUUGGGCCAAAUUAUUGUCAGAAACCCCAGGGAGUCCUCAGGUAAUGAACUCCCCAAAGUUUUCACUUUUGAUGCCGUUUAUGACUGGAACUCCAAACAAAUAGAUUUGUAUGAUGAAACCUUCAGGCCCCUGGUUGAUUCUGUUCUUCUUGGGUUCAAUGGGACCAUUUUUGCAUAUGGCCAGACGGGUACAGGGAAGACGUACACUAUGGAAGGGGUGAGAAAUGAUCUGGAGAAGAGAGGAGUGAUCCCAAACUCCUUUGAGCACAUCUUCACACACAUUUCACGCUCACAGAACCAGCAGUACUUGGUGAGAGCGUCAUACUUAGAAAUUUACCAAGAGGAGAUCAGAGACUUGCUCUCACAGGAUCAGUUGUGUCGUCUCGAGCUCAGGGAGAGGCCUGACACGGGUGUGUAUGUUAAAGACCUUUCAUCAUUUGUCACCAAGAGCGUGAAAGAGAUCGAGCAUGUCAUGAAUGUGGGCAACAAGAAUCGAUCAGUUGGUGCCACCAAUAUGAAUGAGCACAGCUCACGCUCUCACGCGAUCUUUGUCAUCACAGUGGAGUGCAGCGAGUUGGGUGUAGACGGAGAGAACCACAUAAGAGUUGGUAAACUGAACCUGGUUGAUUUAGCUGGCAGUGAAAGGCAAACCAAAACUGGAGCUCAGGGAGAAAGACUUAAAGAAGCCACAAAGAUCAAUCUGUCCCUUUCUGCUCUGGGGAAUGUCAUAUCAGCGCUGGUGGACGGCAGGAGCAGCCACAUCCCCUACCGAGACUCGAAGCUCACGCGUCUUCUGCAGGACUCCCUUGGGGGCAAUGCCCGCACUGUCAUGGUCGCCAACAUUGGUCCAGCAUCCUACAAUGUGGAGGAGACCUUGACAACGCUGCGCUACUCGAACAGGGCUAAAAACAUCAAGAACAAACCACGUAUCAAUGAAGACCCCAAGGAUGCCCUGCUCCGGGAGUUUCAGGAGGAAAUCGCCAGACUGAAGGCGCAGCUGCAGAAGCGCUCGGGAAAGAAGAAGAGGAGGCAGAGGAGGAGAGCAGGGGAAGGAGGCGAUGGUGAGGAUCUGGAAAGUGGUGAGACGGAGGACGAUGAGGAAGAUGGAGACGACAAGGGGGAUUACUGGAGGGAACAGCAGGAGAAGUUGGAGAAGGAGAGAAAGGCAAUCUUGGAGGAUCACAGCCUGGUAGCUGAGGAGAAAGCUCGGCUUCUUAAGGAGAAAGAGAAGAAAAUGGAAGACUUGCGGAAGGAGAAGGAGGCUGGAGAGAUGCUUUCAGCCAAAGUUAAGGCGAUGGAGAGUAAGCUCCUAGUAGGGGGAAAGAACAUUGUGGAUCACACAAACGAGCAACAAAGGAUGCUGGAGCAGAAGAGGCAGGAGAUUGCUGAACAGAAACGGCGAGAGCGGGAGAUACAGCAGCAGAUGGAGAGUCGUGAUGAAGAGACGCUGGAGCUUAAGGAGACCUACACCUCUCUGCAGCAGGAGGUGGACGUCAAGACCAAGAAGCUGAAAAAGCUGUUUUCCAAACUGCAGUCAGUGAAGGCAGAAAUCCAAGAUCUCCAAGAGGUGCACAUCAACAGGCGCCAGGAGUUGGAACAGACCCAGAACGAGCUCACCAGGGACCUCAAACUCAAGCAUCUGAUUAUUGAAAACUUCAUCCCCUUAAUGGAGAAGAACAAAAUAGUCAACAGGGCUUACUUCGACGAGGAGGUCGAGGAGUGGAAGGUGAAGCCCAUCACACGUAUAGAGGAUGACCACCAGAUGAUGAGCAGGCCUCUGUCUGCAGUUGGCUACUGGAGGCCUCUCAGCCACCAUGCUCACAGGGCCAUGAUGUUGAUGCCUGACACGAGAUACAAAGCUGAAAAUCUCUUAAUGCUGGAUAUGGACCUUCCAGCACGGGCGACUAAAGAGUACCAGGAGCCGGUUAUCGCCCCAGAGGUGGCGGCAGCUCUGGAGGAUGCUCUUAGGGUUGACGAUGAGAUCCAGGUAGAUGCCUCAGGCUUUCGCAGCAGCUUGGGAUCAGUGUCUCCUGCCGGUGCCAGCGGCAGUCUCAAGAAACCAAAGUCUGGUCGACCAAGAACAGGGAAGAAGUCGAGCACCCCGACCUCUCCAUACUCCCCCUCUAGCCCCGGAUCCCCUCUUUACCCACAGUCCCGUGGCCUGGUGCCGAAGUGACAGUUGCUGCUGCUACCAUCACUGUCUGCCAACUUCUGUUGUGCACCUGUCCACCUGUGCACCUGUGCACCUGGGAUUCAUAUUGAAACAUGGGUACUGUUUAUCUGUUGUUUGUUGCCCAGACUGCAGAAUCUUUUAAAGAAAAGACUAAUGCUGCUUUUUAGUUUUUAACCACACCACUGUUAACUGUUCCCCUCCUUAUCUUGAACACAACACUGCAACAGCAGCCACGCAUGAACCCUCACAUCAUACUACACUGCUUUUACUGUUCCCUGGAUGUUGAUGAAUGUCAGUAAUGGUUUAUAUAUACACAUCACAAUGUUCUUAAUGUACAGAAAAAGUGAAGGUUGGCUUUGGCCUUCCCUUGAUGGACUGUAAUAACGUCAAUGCACUACUACAUCAUAACUUCCUAAAUGUGUGUUAGCUGUCCUCUGUGUUACUGUCAGUGAGGACUUGUGGCUGUGGUGGUGAGGAGGAAAGGUAAAGAUACACGAACUGAAAGCUCUUGAACCUGGUUGUGGGUGUGUGUGCUGUUGUACAUCUGGCUGCACAUCUGUGUGCAUCUUUGACUCACUGCCUGAAUAGAUUUUUUAUUUAUUUUUUUUUACUGUUUGUCAUAUUGUGCUGUUUUUGUCCAUGAUUUUAGUUCAUGAAUGUUAGAGUGGAGCAUUAAGCCUGUGUGUGGCUGCAUGUGUUGUUCAGGGCUUUCAAAUUGUUUUGGAGUAGCAGGGGGAAUGCCAAAGUAGCAGGCACCUUAUGACCGAGACCGAAGCCAUGACGGCAGCAGACGAUAUGAAUAGUCACAUGGCAGUCCAAAUGGCUCAACGUACGUCUACAUGGCGCUGGAAAUGGAGAUGCAGAGUGGUGGAGUAGGCGGAAAAUGUGCCUGCCGCCGGCAUAAUUUGAAAGCCCUGGUUGUUUCUGUCUUAAAGGAAUAGUUGCACAUUUUGGUAAAUAUGCUUACGAAAGCGAGGCAGGAAGAACUCUUACCACUGUACACUAAAUCUGAAGCUGGAAGUGUUUGGCUUUAGACGCGGCUGCUGAGUAUUUCUCCUGGAUUUUAAGGGGGUAAAAAACUCCAAUGUAAAAAAUUCUGAUUCCGGAUUAAUUGACAGCAUGUCAAUUAAAGCAUAAUUCAAAUAAACUGUAAGCAGUUUAUUGACGUUGUUACAAUUAAUUAUCAAAAGGGGGGGGAGGGGGGGGGCUGUUGGUAAAUCCAGUCAGAUUAAUGCACAUUACUCUAUGCAACAUGAUAAUCUGUCCUCUUCUGUGCUGUCUCAACUCUAGCUCAACACAGACAAAAGAAGAACAAGUAAUUAAGUUGAUUUCUCGCAGGGAAAAAUGAGGUAAUUAGGAAAAUUAAGGAGAGAAUUUCACCAAAAUGCCCUCAAUGUUUUUGUCUUCUGGAACCUAAAGGCUCCUGCAUGUGCAGAUGUGUCACACAGACACCUUCAGCCUUCUGCUUUGUUGACCAGUCAAAAUUGUUUUUAAGGAAGUAAUUAAAUGCAGUGAUAGUAAAUUGUUACACUACCUUUUAAAACUACCUUUUGCAGUACUGUGACUACUUUAGGUCAGGAUAGCUCACAGGCUAGCUGGCAUCUUAGACUCUCCAGGUGGAGUCUGCCCCACUCAGCUGUGAUGCUACUCUGCUGCAUGCCCUGAUGAGCAGAGUCAGAGCGCUCUCUGCUGGACAAACUGUGAUGACACCAUUUCUAAGUAAGCCUAAAACACAUUUUUAUGCAAUGUGUUCUGGAAACAUUUCUGGAAAAACAUAUACAUAUAUGCUGAUAUUGUGAUUGAGUAACUUAGAUCCUACAAAACCAGGUUUGCCAUUUUCAGUCUGAGCCAAGCUAAGCUCCUAAGCUUCUGAUUCUGGUUUAUUUAGACUUCAGACUAACACAUAAGCCAAUUUCCUCGAAUGGUGGACUAUUCCUUUAAGACUGUAUGAUUGUGAAUGUGCAGGCCAGGAAGUAAAGCAUGCUCCAGAUCUGGUCUCAGUCACGAGUUGCUGUAAUCAAUAGAUGCUGUUCUUCCUGUGACACACACACAGGGAGGAGGUGGGGAACAAUGGGGGAGAGCCCGACACAUUCACCCACUGCGGACACUUUCUAGGUUGCAAGACAAAGCAGCUGCCCACCAGGCCACUAAUCAAGAGAUCAGCAUUAACUACAGCCUGGGUCAGAUCACAGGUACAGUCCUGGAAUGUGCCUCAGAUUCAUCAGGGUUCCAAGGUGCCUUAAUCUGCAUCCUCGAUCUCUGCUCCUUCAUUUGAGAUGGACACACAUACUCCUGCCAGUCUUCAUCAACGUAUCAUGAAUUCAUUCCAGGAUCAGGGAAUCGUUAACAGCGUGAACAUUAGCAGAGCAUUCGGACACAGCAUUCAGUUGUUUCUGGGUCUUUUGGGUGAAGGCCACUGCAAAGGACGGCAGAUGAAGGGUCAACAUUGUCCUUCUGAUAUUUAUUGUUACCUCAUCUACCUUGGUAUUAAUCUGAGUGCAACAGAGCAUUAAAACACCCGGGGUGUGCAGGAGAGCUCUUCAGUGGUGGUUCCACCAACCUCAGUUGAAACCCUGCAGACUUGAACGGAUCUGAAUGCACAAACCAUUCCACACGUUUGCCUCCAGGUGGAUAAUAUGCAGUUUUAACCUUCAUGGUUCAGCCUGCUUCUCUGCUGCUCUCUGUUCCCCAUACUCUUAACCGUGAAUGGGUGCGCUUUCCGCUCGCUGCUACCAUGCAGGGUUUUCCAACCCACUGUGACAUUUCAGCAAGCCUGGGUCAAGUGGCAAAUGAAAUCUUUUUAAAUACUCGUGAUGUGGCCUCUUGAUUGUCUGCUGGGGUCAAAGCUCACAGGGUACGUCGAGGAUCUCUGCUGCUUGACCCAUGCUUGUGUAUGUAUUUAGAGACUGUAUGUAAUGAAUAGAAUUUGUUGAAAGGCAAUCCUUAGUCACUUUUGCAUCUGUAAGAAAAACAAACAUGAGUUUCCAUAUGAAAAAAGUUAACUUAUUACAAUCCUAUGUUUUUAUAUGCAGAUGUAGAUAUAAUUUUUUUAUUCUUUUUUUCUUGAAAAUUGUUUUAUUUUUGAAGCUCUGUAAUUUAAUGCAGAAAUCUUAUUUUAUUUUGCAUCAUGUGUAGUGUGUGUCCAGCUGAUCAGUUUUCCUCAUGGACGCUGAGAGCAUGGCUCAUAUUGUUGAUGUGGGUCUGUGCAGAGACUCCUUACAGAAAGAAGAAAUCACAUCACAGAUCAAUAUUGGCACAUUUAGCUGUAUGUUGUACUUCACAUACAUAAUCAUUAGAAUAAGGCCUGACUGUUGUAGCUGACAUUGAAAUACUAUAUACCUGCCGCAUGAUUUUUAGCACGCUUGAGUAACAUGUUUGGUUGUGACUGUGUUCAUUGGUCAUAAGAAUUUAGUGAGCAAAAUGUGAACUGCUUAAUUUAAUUGAAUAAUUUUGUAUCACUGAGCUACAUCACUGGAUCCAGACUCCCAGACAUUUUUGUGACCAAUUUUUACGUGCUGUCAUUGUAGACAUGACAGUUCUGCUGGUGCAUUUAUGUAUCUGACUCUGUCUUUUACUUGUUUAGUUUCUUUACAUUAAUAAAGAAAAAUUAAUGACA